UUUGUGGGUGUUUGGCCAGCAGCUAUUUUCUUAAAUCUCGCCUUACAACCCGUUCCUCGAGCCGACCAGGCGGGACAUUGUGAAAAGCUGCCACAGACGCGCUCUGGUGGGUGCUGCGGUCGGGUGUGUGCUCGCAGUGGUGCAGUGAAGCGUGUCAAAGGGUCUUCGAACACCGAUACACCAGUUUGAACAUUAGACAGCUUUAGGCACCCACCACCACCAUGCCUGGCCACGUCAAGAAGAGCACGGGCCCCGACCCCGACCCCUCUGAAUGGCUGUAUAUUUCGAAUGAGAUGAAGAUGAAGGAUGCCACCAAGCCUUACGACCCCAAGAAGUCCUGCUGGGUGCCUGAUCCCAAAGAGGGCUAUCUUGAAGGCUUGAUCCAGGGCACCAAGGGUGAAAAAAUUACUGUGAUGGCUGGCGGUGAGACCAAGGAGUACAAGAAGGACCAAGUACACCAGGUCAACCCACCCAAGUACGAGAAAUGCGAGGACAUGUCCAACCUGACCUACCUGAACGAUCCUUCUGUCCUGUACAACCUGAAGGCCCGCUACGUCAACAAGCUCAUCUACACCUACUCUGGCCUCUUCUGUAUUGUGGUGAACCCCUACAAGCGCUACCCCAUCUACACCAACCGUACGGUCAAGAUCUACCAGAACAAGAGGCGUAAUGAGGUGCCUCCUCAUCUGUUCGCUAUUUCUGACGGCGCCUACUCUGCUAUGUUGCAAGUUGGUGGAAACCAGUCCAUGUUGAUCACCGGUGAGUCCGGCGCCGGCAAGACUGAGAACACGAAAAAGGUACUCUCCUACUUCGCCAACGUCGGUGCCACCACCAAGAAGGAAGGCGAGGCUGAAAAGAAGAACCUGGAGGACCAGAUCGUGCAGACCAACCCUGUACUGGAGGCCUUCGGUAACGCCAAGACCGUCCGUAACGACAACUCCUCCCGCUUCGGUAAGUUCAUCCGUAUCCACUUCCAACCUAAUGGCAAGCUGUCUGGUGGUGACAUUGAGGUCUACCUGCUGGAGAAGGCUCGUGUCAUCUCCCAGCAGUCCCUUGAGCGAUCCUACCAUAUCUUCUACGAGAUGAUGUCUGACCAGGUCAAGGAAAUCAAGCCCACAUGUCUGCUUAGCAACGAUAUCUACGACUAUGGUUAUGUGUCUCAGGGAAAGGUUACCGUGCCUUCCAUCGACGACGGCGAAGACAUGCAGUUCUGCCAUGACGCUUUUGACAUCCUGGGCUUCACCAAGACUGAGAUUGAGAACGUGUACAAGAUCACCGCUGUUGUCAUGCACAUGGGCAACAUGAAGUUCAAGCAAAAGGGUCGUGAAGAGCAGGCCGAAGCUGAUGGUAAAGAGCAUGGUGCCAAAUGUGCCACUCUUUUGGGUUGUGAUGUGGAGGACAUGUACCUGGCCAUCACCAAGCCCAAGAUCAAGGUCGGCACUGAGUUUGUGGCCAAGGGUAUGAAUGUUAACCAAUGCAACUACUCUAUCGGCGCCAUGGCCAAGGCUCUGUUUGACCGUGUAUUCAAGUUUAUCGUUAGCAAGUGUAAUGAAACUCUUGAAACCGGUCUCAAGCGCGCCAGCUUCAUCGGUGUGCUGGAUAUUGCCGGCUUUGAGAUCUUCGAUUACAACGGCUUCGAGCAGAUCUGCAUCAACUUCUGUAACGAGAAGCUGCAGCAGUUCUUCAAUCACCACAUGUUCGUGCUGGAGCAGGAAGAGUACAAGAAAGAAGGCAUCAACUGGGUGUUCGUGGACUUCGGUAUGGAUCUGCAGGCCUGCAUUGAGCUUUUCGAGAAGAAAAUGGGUCUUCUAUCCAUCCUGGAGGAAGAGUCUAUGUUCCCUAAGGCAACAGACAAGUCUUUCGCUGAGAAGCUGAACGCCAACCAUCUCGGCAAGACUCCCUGCUUCAUCAAGCCCAAGCCUCCCAAGGCUGGUCAGACCGAGGCCCACUUCGCCAUCGUUCACUAUGCCGGCACUGUGAGCUACAACUUGAGUGGCUGGCUCGAGAAGAACAAGGAUCCCCUCAAUGAUACUCUGGUCGACGUGCUGAAGAAAUCCUCCAAUGAAUUGGCUGUCUCAAUCUUCGCUGACCAUCCUGGCCAGUCUGGCGGUGAUGAUAAGAAGGGUGGACGUGGUGCUAAGUCAGGCUCCUUUAAGACUGUGUCAUCCAGUUACAGGGAGCAGCUCAACAACUUGAUGAGGACCCUGAACGCCACUCACCCUCACUUCAUCCGUUGUAUUGUGCCCAACGAGACGAAGUCCCCAGGUGUUGUUGACGCUGGCCUGGUUAUGCAUCAGCUGACCUGUAACGGUGUACUUGAAGGUAUCCGUAUUUGUCGCAAGGGCUUCCCUAACAGGAUCCCUUACUCUGACUUCAAGCACAGGUACUUGAUCUUGGCCCCUAAGGAGAUGGCUGAAGCUAAGACAGACAAGAAUAUGGCUCAAGCUUGCUUCACUAAGGCAGGUCUUGAUGAGGAGUCUUACAGGCUGGGCAACACAAAGGUAUUCUUCCGCGCUGGUAUCCUGGGUAGGAUGGAGGAGCUGCGUGACGACCGCAUCUGCCUGCUCCUUGCUUGGCUGCAGGCCUGGGUUCGCGGCUACAUCAGCCGUAAGACCUACUCGAAGCUCCAGAAGCAGCGUAUCUCACUGCUGGUGGUGCAGCGUAACAUCAGGAAAUACAUGAAGAUGCGCACCUGGAAAUGGUAUGGAAUGUGGAUGGUUCUUAAGCCUACUCUUCACGUCGUGAGCAUUGAGGACGAGCUGAGGAAUCUUGAGGAGAAGGCUGAAAAGGCUGAAAAGGAGUACGAAGAGAUGGUUAAGAAACAUCAGGAGCUCGAGAAGGUCAACUCUGGUCUCACUAGCGAGAAGAACGAACUCGCGGAUGCGCUGAACUCUUCCAAGGGUGGCGCACAAGACUUCAUUGACAAGAUCAACAAACUCCAAGCGCAAAAGAAUGAGCUGGACGCCCAAGUCAAUGAAGCUCAGAAGCGCCUGCGCAAUGAAGAGGACGCCCGCAAUAAGUUGCAACAAUCAAACAAGAAGACAGAACAGGAGGUUGAUAGUUUGAGGAAGGAUAUGGAAGACCUGGAACAGGCCAUUCAGAAGUCUGAGCAGGAUAAGGCAACGAAGGAUCAGCAGAUCCACAACAUGAAUGAGGAAGUCGCCCACCAGGAGGAACUCAUCAAUAAGAUCAACAAGGAGAAGAAACAUCUCCAGGAAUGCACCCAGAAGACGUCUGAGGAUCUUCAGAAUCUUGAGGACAAAUGCAAUCAUUUCAUUAACAUUAAGGCAAAACUUGAGAGCAACUUGGAUGAAGUUGAAGAUACUCUCGAGCGCGAAAAGAAACUUCGCAACGACGUAGAGAAGGCCAAGAGGAAGGUUGAAGGUGACCUGAAGCUUUCUCAAGAGGCUGUCGCUGAUCUGGAGCGCAACCAGAAGGAGAUCGAAGCUACCAUCCUUCGUAAGGAGAAGGAACACUCAGCUCUGGUUAGCAAAAUCGAGGAGGAACAAGCUCAAUAUACUAAGCUGCAGAGACAGAUCAAGGAACAGCAAACCCGCGUCGAAGACCUUGAGCACGAAGCUGAACACGAACGCCAGGCACGUGCCAAGGCUGAGAAGGCGAAGACCACUCUGGCUCAGGAGCUUUCUGAGCUUGCAGAUCAGCUGGAUGAAGCUGGUGGUGCCACUGCCGCUCAGAUUGAACUCAACAAGAAGCGCGAAGCUGAACUGGCCAAGCUCCGCCGCGACCUUGAGGAAAUCAACAUUCAGCAUGAAGCUGCUCUUUCCCAACUUCGCAAGAAGCACAAUGAUACCAUCAAUGAGAUGUCCGAACAGAUCGAUCACCACAAUAAACUGAAGGCCAGGCUGGAGAAGGAUAAGGACACCCUGAAGCGUGAUGCUGAAGAUGCCAAGGCAGCUCUUGAUUCUCUUGUUCAUGAAAAGGCUGCUGCAGAGAAGACUCUCAAGCAGAUCCAACAGCAGAUCGCAGAUCACUCCGGCAAACUGGACGAGAUGAAUCGCACUCUCAACGACUUCGACUCUACCAAGAAGAAACUCUCUGCCGAUAACAACGAUCUUCAGAGACAAAUUGAGGAAGCCGAGAGCAUGAUUAGUCAGCUGUCUAAGAUGAAGCUGUCUCUCACCAAUCAGCUGGAGGAUCACAGGAAGCUGGCAGAUGAGGAAAGCCGGGACCGUGCUACUCUGCUUGGCAAGUGCCGCAACCUUGAGCACGACAUCGAGAGUCUCCGUGAGCAGCUUGAGAUUGAGAGCGAAGCUAAGGGCGACGUGCAGCGUAUGUUGUCAAGAGCUAGUGCUGAAGCUCAGAUGUGGCGGUCCAAAUACGAAAACGAAGGUGUCGCCCGAGUUGAAGAAAUUGAAGCUUCUCGCCUGAAGCUCGCCGCUCGCCUGGAUGAGGCAGAGUCUCAGAUCGAACAGCUCAAUGUCAAGAAUGUCAGUUUAGAAAAGGCCAAGCAACGCCUGCUCACUGACAUCGAAGAGACUCAGAUCGCCGCUGAACGUGCAAAGACCAUCGCUGACUCAGCUGAGAAGAAACAGAAGCACUACGAUCGCAUUCUCUCUGAAUGGAAGCUUAAGGUUGACGAUCUCUCCUCUAACCUUGAUUCAUCCCAGAAGGAAUGCCGUAAUUACUCGACUGAGGUCUUCCGCGUCAAGGCUGCUUAUGAAGAGAACCUGGAGCAGUUGGAUUCCAUCCGCAGAGAAAACAAGAACCUCAAUGAUGAAAUCAAGGACCUUGUUGACCAGAUUGGUGAGGGUGGCCGCGCCUACCAUGAAAUUGAAAAGAGUGUUAAGCGUCUCGAUAUCGAGAAGGAAGAGCUGCAGGCUGCCCUGGAAGAGGCCGAGGCCGCCCUGGAGCAGGAAGAGAACAAGGUUCUCCGUGGCCAGCUUGAGCUCAGCCAGGUCAGGCAGGAAAUCGACCGCCGCAUUCAGGAGAAGGAGGAAGAGUUCGAGAACACAAGGAAAUGCCACCAGCAAGCUAUGGACUCCAUGCAAGCAACUAUUGAAGCUGAAGCCAAGGCCAAGGCUGAGGCUCUCCGCCAGAAGAAGAAGCUUGAGUCUGACAUCAAUGAGCUGGAGAUCUCUCUUGACCACUCGAACAAGGCCCACUCCGACCUCCAGAAGACCUUCAAGAAGCUCCAGAUGGAAUACAAGGAUAUGGAGCUGAAGGUCGAGGAGCAGCACCGCAUUGCCUCUGAGUUCCGCGACCAGUACAACAUGGCAGAGCGCCGUGGAAAUGCCCUGCAGGGAGAGCUUGAAGAGUCUCGCUCUCUUCUGGAACAAUCCGACCGUGCCCGUCGCCAGGCUGAGUCCGACCUCGCUGACGCCAAUGACCAACUCAAUGAGCUUGGCACCCAAUGCAGCGACAUGUCACUGUCCAAGAGGAAGGUUGAGGGAGAAAUCCAAACCCUACAGACUGAUCUGGAUGAAAUGCUGAGCGAAGCCAAGAACUCCGAGGAGAAGGCCAAGAAGGCCAUGGUGGACGCUGCCCGUCUGGCCGAUGAACUGCGCUCUGAACAGGAACACGCCCAGAACCAGGAGAAGAUGCGCAAGGGUCUUGAUGUUUCCCUCAAGGAACUCCAGGCAAGACUGGAAGAAAGUGAGAUGAAUGCCCAGAAGGCCAUCAAGAAUGCUGUGGCUAAGCUGGAAGGUCGCGUACGCGAGCUUGAAGUUAACCUUACCGAAGAGUCUCGCCACUAUUCCGACGCCCAGAAGAACCUGAGGAAGUGCGAGAGGCGCAUCAAGGAGCUCACCUUCCAGGCCGAGGAGGACAAGAAGAACCACGAGAAGAUGCAGGACCUUGUCGACAAGCUUCAGCAGAAGAUGAAGACCUACAAGAGGCAGAUCGAGGAGGCUGAGGAGAUCGCCGCCCUCAACCUGGCCAAGUUCCGCAAGGCCCAGCAGGAGCUGGAAGAAAAUACUGCCUAAAUUAUUCUUUCGUGGUAUAAAGCCAUUCCCUUAAUGUUCAUCAUCACAACCACGAAACAAAAAAAAAAAAAGAAAAGAAAAAUGCAGCCUUUUUUUCGUUUUAUUAUUAUUAAUGGGUGCAGUCAUACAUUACAAUUUCAUUACCUCGAUUUACUCCGUUUGAAAAACUUUGUCCAUAAAGCAAACGGUCGAGAUCAAGGAAUGAAUGAACCUGUUGAAUGUUAUUUUCUUUAUUAAAUCGGGGUUGAUCAGUAACGACUGAGACAUUUCUAUUAUUAUUAUUAUUAUUAUUAUUAUUAUUAUUAUUAUUAUUAUCAUUAUUAUUAUUAUCAUUAUUACCAUUACUAUUUUUAUUGUUAUUACUAUCAUCAUUAUCAUUAUAUUUACCGCUGACUGGUCACAACUUAAUAAAUAAAAUAUACCAAUAUAUAUAAAAUUUUAUGAAAAAUGUUUCUUAGCCUUCUGUUACUACUGGGUAUAUUAUAUUCACGAGGAUGUAUAAAAAUAAAUAUUCUUCCAUGA